AUGCCCUUCUACCAAAUCGAACACGCUACCCCCCUAAACAAGCCCCAGCGCGACGCCCUAGCCACAUCAAUCACAACAAUCCACACGCGCAAAUUCGCUACACCAAGUCUCUUCGUCAAUGUGCGGUUUACGGAUGCGAGCCGGGAUGUUAAUUAUGUUGGUGGGAAGGAGUGCUCGAUAAAUCGCAUAACGGGCUACGUGCGUGCCGGCGGAAACCGAUCAAAGAAGGACUUCGAUGAUGUUGCGUUGAAGAUUCUAGAGACUUGGAAUAGCAUUGUUAAUCCUGGUUCUAAGAAGGGUGAGGAGCGAGAGGACCUUGAGCUCAAGAGGGUGUUUGUUAUGGGGGCAAUUACAACGGGGGUUGAAAGUGGGUUUGUGCUUCCUGAGGCUGGACAAGACGCUGCGUGGCUAAAGGAGAAUACGCCUCGCUUUGAGGAACUAGCUGAGCAGGGAGAUCCGGAAUUUAUUGAGCUGGUGCGGGAGAUCAGGAGUCGGGAAGAUCUGGUGGCGUGA